AUAGAUGGUGAAUUCAGAUGUCACAAAAAGAUUGACUUGGCAAUAUUGGUGGAUUGCUCAGCGAGUGUCACAGAAGACCAGUUUGCCGCUACCAAGGAAUUUGCUGCGGAACUCGUAAAACACUUCGAUAUUUCAAAGAAAAGGGCAAACGUGGCUGCUAUCUCAUUUAGCCAGUACGUUCACACGAAAAAGGAUUUCAAAGAUGAUACGUCCCGGGAAUCUGUCUUGAAGGCGAUAGAUGGACUCUACUAUGAAGGAUCCUUGACUAGACUGGAUUUUGCCCUUGAAACUCUACAGGCACGUACCUUCAACAAAGCUUACGGUGCAAGAGCUCCAAGUAAAGGUACUUAAUGCACCCAUUCUCAAAUGCAUUUCCAACUUUUUAUGUUGAAAUUAAAAUUUGCCGGCGACGGCGAUUCCUACCCAAAGGAGGGGGUAUACUCAUAAACUUCGGUUAAAUGUGUGCCACUUAGGGUCCUAAAACUUGACUUAAUUAAAGGAUGAGGCUAGGCAAUCGAAAAUUGAUGCUGAACCUAAAAAAUGACAAAAACACUUGUCAAGGCAAAACCACAGCCGGGACAAACCAGAAAGGGUCAGCUGCAUCAGGAUCAAUAAAUUUCAAUACCAAAUUAUGAAUUAAAACAGCUUUUUCUUUUUAAGCCACCUCCGAAGGUUUGUGAUGCAAACCGAAAUAUCGGGCAAAUAUAAUUCACCAUUAUUUUUAUUUUUGUUUUAUUUCUUUAUUUUUUUCGCUUACUCUUCCUCCCGUAAGGAUCAGUUUGCUGCCAGUUAAUUUAUAAUUGGUACUGAAAAAUGACACCGUAUUAAGAUGAUUCAUUUAUAUUUUUUAAGCUUCCCAUUUAUUCGCGGCCGCUUGGCAAAGUCAAUCUGUCAACCUGGUAAAAUUAAGAACAAAGUUUGUGGCCCGUUAGUUGAUAAUUUAUCAUAACUUUUCAUGCCAAGUUGCUGGUUUGGGUCAAGAGUAAUCCUUCAAUGGAAGAUGUGUCGAACCAAGAACCAUUAUCAAUGACUCUUGUCAACCUGAAACAUCCCGCCACGUAAGGGAAAAAGCUUCUGGUAUUCAGGGUAGUUUUACACUACGAGCAGUCUCUCUUUUUUCUGUAGUCCGUCAAGCAAAACGCGAGACACGCAAAUGGCCACGCGCGUGACUGAAGGCGCGAGACGGGCCGCCCUCGUUUUGCGCGUCUCACGGCUUCGCCGUUCCCGGGCACGUGCAAUGCUCUCACUAAAUCUGAACAAAAAGAGAGACUGCUCGCAGUCUAGGGUAGUUUAUAUGAAGUACAAUCCCAGACAGGGCAAUUCGCUAAUCCCCCGCCCUCUCCUUGCCGGUUCAAGAGGAUCUCAAUGGGGUUAACCGUCAGCUGUCAAACGGCCUAAAGUUCAACCGUCAGCCGAGGAAAAAGUUAUUUUUUUACCUUCAACCGUCAAAAGUGCAGACUAAAAUUAACCGUCCAAAAGUUUCAAUGAAUUCAAAAUCUCACAUUUUAAGCUGAUGUUCACGGACUUCUGGAUCCUGAACAAACUCUAAAGUCAAAAAAACCUGUUCCCAAGUUGUCAAAAACACUUUUUCGAGGCAUUACAGGUCUUGCAAAACCUUACAGUUUGCUUAUAUCUGAAAACAUUUCGAAUUUUUGUAAGUGAAAGGCCUUGACAGCCUCCAAAAGAAAACAGUUAAUAUCAAUUUAUAUAGAAAUUAAUAUUUACUUAAACUCUUGGACUAAAUUUCCACUUUAAGUGGACAUCUUGACAAAAAAAAAAAUAUUCAUUUAAUGGAAACAUUAAAGAAACAAAAUUCAUGCUGCUCGAAAAUUCCCCCCCCCCCACCUCAUAACUUUUCUAAAGGUCCGUCCCUUUAUAGCCAUCAACCGUCAGAAGCUCUAAAAUUUAACCGUCAACCGUCAAAAUCUGAAAAGAAAUAAUUACCGUCAACGUCAAAGCCACCACCCCAUUGAGACCCUCGUUAAAUGACAGAAUUUAUUUACUUGUCGUGUUUUUCGCUAACCUCGUACCCAGAGAGAUCUGAGAUUAGUAAUUCGCCACUUUCAAAACGAGAAGGAAACGGGGACGAGUUAACUUUCGAAAUGACCUCUGGGACUGUUUUUAGGGACAGGGAACAAUUAGCCAAUAGCUGACCAGCGCGAACUCAGUAGCGAUCCCAAAAACAGUUCCUUUAUCGUUUCUGAGUGGGGACACUCUUCCUCUCGCAGAUGUAAAAAGAGUUGUUGUCGCUGUAACAGACGGAUUCAGCACACGAGGAUUUGAGUAUACAAAAGAGCUAACAGACCAGCUGAAGCAAAGCAGAGUUCAGUUUUUCUCCGUGGGAACGUCUAAACGAGUGAAUAAACCAGAGUUGGACGAAAUUUCCAGUCAACCAGUAGACAUUCAUAAACUUAUAGUGGACCUUAAAAAUCGAUCCUUCACUAAAGCCCAAGUGGAGCGCCUAGCGAAAGAUAUUUGUAAAUGA